CAUCGUCUUGCUAGUUAUAUCUACCCAAACACCACUCCAUUUCAAUUAUCCCGUCGUUUAAUACGAGUUAGCACCCGAUAUAAUGGCCAAUCGACCGUGUCCCAAUCACUCGGGUUGUCUGAAGUUAAAAGUCCAACGUUGAAGUGACCUUUUUAGGCUGGUUCCGUUCGCCGCGGCUUGGCGUGGAUCGAGGCAGUAUUGAGACCGGUGUUCAGGUAUUUUUGGAAUAUGCGUGCAUUGCACAUAACAUCCAGCUAGUGCAAGGUACCGGUAGCGUAAAUUCCUGACUUGUUUCAAGAAUCAGAGGGUUAGAACUGAUCUGUUAAGCUCCUUGCAUGCAGCGCGUGGACUCCCUCCGCAACAGCUGGGAUGGCCAUGGUCAAGAAGGACGUUAACGCCCUCGGCAAAUGGGCUAGGGUUUUCUAUCUGUUUGUAAAUUUCGCCGUGUGGAUAUUUGGGCUUAUCCUGAUCGCCGUGGGAGGCUUCCUUUUGCAGAAUCUGUCCGUGUUCUCCUUCGUGUACUCGACCAGUGAGAGCGAGUUGGCCAUUGGCUGCUGGGUCCUGAUUGGCUUAGGCUGUCUGGUGUUCCUAGUCGGGUUCAACGGCGUCUGGGCUUGCGUACGAGAGAGCGUUCUGUGGAUGAAAGUGUAUUUUGUUUUCAUGCUGUUGAUCAUGCUAGGAGGAUUUGCAACUGGUGUCUUGACACUUCUCGGUAGAGAACAGGCCAUGGAGACCGUGAAGUCGAACAUGAGAGAACUGAUCAAGAAUGAGUACGGCAAAGGCAACAUUGUGGACACAGGUUAUGAUGAAAUCCACCAACAGCAAAAGUGCUGUGGAGAAGCAGGCCCGAAAGACUGGGCCGACAGUUACUUCACAACCCUGCCCGAGAAUGCCAACCUGGCCGUGCCGGUCUCGUGCUGUGUAAACGUCGACCUGGCCGGGUGCAACAGCGGACAACCGGGGCGUCCUGACAACCUGGGACUUGUCUUUAGUGCAGGCUGCGGCGAUGGGAUUGCCAAUUUCCAGUCAGGCAAUAUGACAAUGCUGGGCUUGAUUUCACUCAUUAUGGUUUCUCUGGAGACAAUUUCUCUUUUGUUAGUCUGCUGCGUCAUUGGCACCCGGCCUGCUGUCGUCCCGCCUCCAGCAGAGGACAAAGAACAGUUUUAUAUGGUGAACGAGAAGGACGAAGAAGACAAGCUCUAAAAAAUAAAAAAAAAAAUUAUUCAAAAUGAUAUGGACAUUGGAUGCCACCGUAGGCAACAGAAAUAUGUUUCAAUAACCUAAUUUGCAGAAAGGAGCAUUUGCACAGUAUUGUACUAUGAAGGGGGGUGCAUAGAAUUGUGACGUAGAAGCCUGAGCGACAUUCAGAGAAUAGAUGAAGGAUCACUUUUUGCCAUGGUGAAUUUAAAAACCUGCUGUAUUGUUAACAGAAUGUAACGCCUUCUGUGGAAAUGCUACGUCUUUAGCUGUAAAUUGCGCUCCAUGUUUUUGGACCGGAAUAUCCAUUGGCCACUACUCUUUGAAAUUCAGGUGGCAAGAUCAUUAAAAACCAAGGCAUUUUGAGUGUUGUGUCUAUAAGAUGGUGGGUUUGGCGGUUGGUGUGAUUUCACAGCAUAAUAGCGAGGCUGGCGAUCCAACAAAGGUAAUUUUCAAAUAAUUUUUAUAUUUGGCUAUGGGAGCACCCGAGUAAGGUGGCUUUCUCCAUUGCCCACAGACGCAUGUGUUAUUUUUUUUCAUCCGUUACUCAGACGAAUAACACCGGUGUUUAAUUAACACCACCAUUUCUGCUGUGAUACCAUGACUUAAUGUAGCAUUUCAUCUAUUUAUACAUAAUGUAAUAUAUACGUGCACGCCUAAAAGGGCUAUAGUUCCUUGUAAGUUGUAGCUAAUUCUAAAAUGAUUUCUUUCCUCACACAUGUUCAAGAUCAAAAUGGAACUUCAUGUAAAGUCUUUUGCACUCGGAAACUUAAAAACCGAUCAGAUUUCAACUCAGAUACCUAAUUUCGAGAUCGGCACAAUCAGACAUAUACAGAGGCAAAAACAACAGUGACAACGAUAAAAUGACAAAGUAGUUAAAUUAACAUUGAUCGCAUCCAUCUGUGUAUAUAGUUCUCUCUGUGCUAUCAGAGAGCCACAGAGUUAAAGCAAAAAACAAGUCUCACUUUAUUUAAGUCGUAUUAGUUUAUCGUUUUGUUGUGUAGAUGACCAGUUUUGUAAAGAGAGUCCACCAUCGCCAAGUUUUAAAAAUUAAAACAAAUUGAGAGAAAAUAAUGUGUAGCUCUUACCUGUAGCCGUCAUGCAAGUAAAUGCAAUAAAUUGAAUCCUGUACACAUUUUUUCCCCGAAAAACCUGUGGGUUCUUGAUGGCUUGAAAAAUCACAAACGUUACCCAUGUCUGUUGGUGCAAGUGAAUCUUUGCUUCUAAAAAGCACAUAAUUCAGACAGGGUUCGGGUGAUAACUAGAGAAAGGUUUUUAAAAAAUAGAGAAAAAAAUUGGGCACUUUUUCCACUAAUCAAAAGUAGGUAAAAGCCUCCACAUUUAGCCACACCCCCUCACUGAAAGGCCAUACGAGGAUCUAGGAUAUAUCGUGCCUCCCAAGAACAUUCUGGUAAUCCCAGACUUUGGUUCUAGAUCCAUCCUAGAACUUUACAAAACCAGCACCAGACUACACGUAUUUGACUUCAAAAUAAUCUUUAUUUCAAUUACGUGUAAAUUUAUAGAAUGAUGACUUACGUAGGACUUUUCAGGACCUAUAAGUAUUAUCUUUCCAAAAUAAGAUUGUGCGAUGGUGAUGGAAGUGAAAAAUAAAUAGCAUUUUAAUGUAAAACA